UGGGACAUUGAGUGAUAAGAGAGUGAUGUUGGUGUUCGAGAAGGUUGAUGGAGAAUCCUAUGACUGAGUCGAAGAGAUGAGAGAACAAGGCUUUGGAGAUAAGAUGCAUGGAAUUAUAACAACUCUCCCUCUCACUGCAAACACCUUCCUAUAUUGUGCCAACAAUACUCGCUUUUCUCUCAGAUCUUUUCAACCAAAUUGUUGCAUACCCACUUAUAAAAUUAGCUAUGCAAGUCGUUUUCACCGUUCACAGUGUAAGCAGCAGAGAAAAGAAAGAUGGGGCAAUAGAAUGAUGGUGGUGAGAGCAAGGCGUGGCGAGUCGCCGUAUGAAGUUUUGGGUGUGUCUCCAUCAGCAACUGUUGACGAAAUCAAAAGGGCAUAUCGGAAACUUGCUCUUAAGUAUCAUCCUGAUGUCAAUAAAGAGGAAAAGGCACAGGAGAAAUUUAUGAGGAUAAAACAUGCAUACAAUACAUUGCUAAAUUCCAGUUCCCGCAAAAGAUAUGAUUCUGGAAAUCAAGGUUACGAUUUUUCUCAAGGAAGCCAAAGUAGGAAUGCACAACCAGAAGAAGAAUUUUAUGGACUAGGUAAUUUAUUGAGGGAUGUUCAAAUAACAAUAGAGGAAUUCUUUAAGGAUCUUCAAGAAGAAUUCAGGAACUGGGAAGCAAACGCUGCUUCAGAAGGAAAGCCAAAGAGCCUAUGGGAGGAAUUGUCGGAAAUAGGAGAAGAAUUUGUGGAGUUCCUUGAGAAAGAACUCAAUAUUACAGAUCAGAAUGGUGAUUACGAGACACCUCAAGGAGAAAAUGCAUCCAACUUUUCUGGGAGAGAGACACCAAACAGUAGCAGUAAUCCAGGUGAAGCUAGCAAGGGAAGCGUUGAGGAUAACCUUGAGGAAAUAGAAGCUACUCUGGCUCAGUUGAAAAAGGAAUUAGGCUUGUAGCAUAGAAGGAUUUGGUUGAAGAAGAAAAGCCAAAAUUCAUUUUUUUCUCAUUCUUGGCACAAGACCAUCACCAGAUUGGUUGUCUAGCAGUGUUAGUUUAUCUCUCUCUAGUUUCAUUUAGUUGGGUGGGUAGAGGAAUAACACUAAAAGCUCAACCAUGGAUGUUUUGGGUUUGUAAAGGGAGUAUUCAAUUCAUUUGGUUUGUAAACUAAAAUAUUUAUACGGAGCUUGAACAUGCAACAUUGACAACCUAUUUAAAUUUUUAAGAAAAAAAACAUUUACAAAAGGAGAGAAAAAUGAAGACUUAGGAAAUUCUGGAUUUUCACGAGCUCCAGUUCUUUUUGUACAUUUAUAGCGAGCUGUGUAAUGCUAAUGAUUUGUAUAUAAUUAUAAACCGUGAUCUUACAAGUUUGAACUUAAUAAA